GCAGCAUCCCCCCUCCCCCUCCUAAUACUGUAGUCUCCAUGGUUUAUGUCCGUGUUUACAUGUGGGAUUAAUAACAUAUUGCUCUGGUUUCUGUCAUUUUUACGUCUUGUCAUUGCCACUUUUGUUCCUGUGCUGUCCUACUUCGAAGCUAGUUUCUUAAAGAACUUCACAGAAUGGACGUUCAGGCCGAGGUUGCUGAAUAUUUCUGCCAAAUCUUGAGAGAAGAUCAUGACGUAUCAGCUGGAAUUGCAGCUAUUCGAACACUUCUCUAUUUUUUAGAAAAGGAUAAUUCUAAGACUUUGCAGGAAUUAGAUAAUAAGCUGUCCAAAGCCAUAGCAUCAAUGCGCCAAACUGACUACCCCAUAACAGCUAUCACUUCAGCCACAGAGCUCUUUCGCCGGUUUAUAACUUUAACUUCGCUGUUAGACAAUCAGAGCUUUGACAAAUGUAAGGAAAGCAUGUUGAGUCGUGGACAACUUUUCCUGAAUAAGUUGAAAGAAGCUCGUGAUAAAGUAGGCAAGAUGGCUGGACCUUUUAUUGUGGAUGGAUGUAAAAUUCUCACUCAUUCUAAAUCUCGUGUAGUCCUACAAACUAUGAAAGAAGCUGCAAAAGCGAACAAGAGAUUUACUGUUUAUGUCACAUGUUCGUCUCCAGAUGAAAGCGGGAGGUUAAUGUGUAAAGAGCUUGAUGCUGCAAAUAUUCCAUGUACCUUGAUUCUUGACUCCACAAUGGGAUAUGUAAUGGAGCAGGUUGACAUGGUAAUGGUUGGUGCUGAAGGAGUUGUAGAAAGUGGCGGUAUCAUCAAUAAGGUUGGAAGUUAUACCAUGGCAAUGUGUGCCAAAGAGUUGAAGAAACCUUUUUAUGUUCUGACAGAAAGUUUUAAAUUUGUGAGAAUAUAUCCCCUUAAUCAACAAAAUCUACCAAAAGAAUUUAAGUAUUCUGCUAGUAAGCUUCAAAAUGACUUGUCUAAGGAACAUCCCAUGGUAGACUACACACCACCAUCAUUUAUCACCCUGCUCUUCACUGAUCUAGGAAUUUUAACACCAUCAGCUGUCAGUGAUGAAUUAAUUAAAUUAUAUCUAUAAGAUAACAAAAAUAGAAUGACUGGAGUAUUGCAGACAGAUGUUUAUUUCUGUUCUUACUUUGAAUAGAACAGCAAAUGGUGUAAGUGUUCAUAGUGUUGACCCCUCCUACCAAUUUGAAUGUACUGUGUGUGAACAUCAAGAAUUUUAACAAUAGCGCUUUGCAACCCGCCAAUAAUUAAAAAUCAUUUGAUUGUACUGUGUGCAACAAAGAAAUCUGCCCAGUGCAGCGACCAUCUGUGAGUGCAUCCCUGAACCAAACCAACAUUUAGGAGAGAUGCUCUAUUUGUAUUAGUGUGGUUAAAAAUUAUUUUUAAUAUAUUUUGUUAAUACAUUCAUA